CUAGGACGGAGGGACAUCCUGGAAUCCUCUUGUGGAAUCUAAGAAUUCAAUCUUCUCCUUCCAUCCAGUUUUCAUAAUGACACUAAAAGCUGUACCUAUGGAAGCCUGUCAUUCCUCCGCCACAGUCUGCUCAGGUGCAGACUGCCUGGCUUCUGCCAGUAAUUAUAAUGCAACCCUCAGCUCUGUGUUAAGCGUUGUUCUAACAGUGAUGCUGGCCUUUGUCAUGUUUGCCAUGGGCUGCACCGUCGAUGCCAAAAAGCUCUUAGGCCACGUUAAGAAACCCUGGGGCAUCGUCAUCGGCUUCCUCUGCCAGUUCGGCAUCAUGCCCUUCACUGCCUUUGCGCUUUCUCUUGCUUUUGGGGUGCUCCCGGUGCAGGCCGUCGUAAUCAUCAUCAUGGGCUGCUGUCCUGGAGGAACCAGCUCAAACAUUGUCUGCUACUGGCUGGAUGGAGACAUGGAUCUGAGCAUUACUAUGACCGCCUGCUCCUCCAUCUUGGCCUUGGGCAUGAUGCCACUCUGCUUGUUCAUCUACACUAGCGUCUGGACUGCCAGUGGCACUAUAAAGGUUCCUUUUGACAGUAUUGGAAUCACUCUUGCAGCACUUCUGAUACCCAUUGCAGCAGGGAUUUUUGUAAAAACCAAGUGGCCUCAUAUUGCAAACAAGAUCCUCAAGGUUGGUUCUAUUGCCGGGUUUGCUCUCAUUAUCGUCAUAGCGGUGGUGGGAGGCGUCCUCUACCAAUCCUCCUGGGUCAUUUCUUCUUCCUUAUGGAUAAUUGGAACCAUCUAUCCCUUCAUUGCCUUCAGUAUGGGUUUCUUAAUGGCCCGGUUUGUGGGUCAGCCCUGGCACAGAUGUCGAACGAUUGCACUGGAAACUGGUUUCCAGAACUCCCAGCUAUGCACCACCAUUGUCACACUGUCCUUCUCCGCUGAGGAGCUGGAGGUCAUGUUCGCAUUUCCUCUGAUCUAUAGCAUCUUCCAGCUCGGCAUGGCUCUCAUUGCUGUGAUUGCCUUCCAAGUAUAUAAAAGGAAAUGUGGAAAAGGUUCUGUCAAGGAGGACAGAGCAGCAGAUAAUGAAGAAACAAAGCAAACAGAUUUCUCUCUGGAUAACAAAGCUUUUGACUCUGACGAGCUGAACGGCACCUUUGCACACAUAAAGGAAUGAGAUUCCAAAUGGCUGCCAAUGAUUGACUCUAGACCUGAUUAAAGCAGCACUAUUGAACUGUGAUCAGACACUGCUCUCUACAGGCUGAAAUAUAAAUCACACAACAACUGGACAAAGUUUGGAAAGAUUUCUGUCUGAUUAGCAAGAGGUCACAUGAAGGGGGGGGGGCCUGAUUGACCCAAUAUGGAGUUUAUUUUUGAAUGUGGUUAGGCAUUGAGUCCUGCUGUCUUUUAAUGUAUUAAUGUAAAUAGUUUUUAAAAGAAUCAAGUAUCCUUGUCUUUAAUGGUACAGUGACUAAAUGUCAGAACUGUUUAAGAAGUUUUAGUUUGAUAUUUUAGAGGCUUGA